AACGCACCAACACAGUGGAGGAGAAGACAAAAUGGAAGGUUGUGUAGACGUUGUCCUACGACAGAACACAACUGGAUAACCAGUAAGGAUGUCUACCAUGGAGGACUUUAUGGAUAUCAAUGAGAUCCAUGACCUCACUGGCACUGAUACAGAGGAGCACAGAGGAGAUUCAGAGCAGGUGGAGGGGGCCGAGAGGGGAGCUAGGCCGACCAUCAGCGAGUUCAAAAAGACCUGGGGCUUCAGGCGGACCACGGUUGCCAGAAGAGAGUUUGUGGGAUUGGAUGAGAUUGAAGAUCCAGAAUCUCCACCCCUACCCUCACGUCGGGGCAGAGGCCGCCCAGCCAAGACCUAUUCAAGACGUGGGCGAGGGGGGAGGAGGAGCGUCCCGGCCGACCUGGAGUACUCCGGAACGGCCUCCCCCAUUCCAAUGGACACAGAGCCUUCCUCAGAACCCCAAGAGCUCUGCCCAGGUGGCAGCCUAGAUCCCACCUCUUGGCAGGACUUUGGAUCUGCAUUUGGCACUGCUUUUUCUCUACUUGGGGAGAAGGAGGAGGAUUACAUGCCCAUGGCUGCCCCUGCCCAAACUAUGGCUGCCCCUGCCCCUAGCUAUGGGGCUAGUGGGGACGUGGAAGCUGCCUCCAGUAUAGAGGAGGGCAGUGAUGAGCUGACCCUGAAGCAGCUCCAGGAACGGCUGAGUACUAGGGGGAGGGGGGAGGUGGAGCCAGAGUCGAGCACUGCGGACGAAGAGGAGGUGAUUUUUGUCAAUGAGUUGGAACCGCAGCAGGUGCAUCAGCCUCAGGCGGAAAGGGAGAGGAGUCCUGAGAAGGUUGUGGUAGAUUCUCAAAGCCCUUCUCCUUCUCAACAGUCCAGCUCAGACUCUAUGCCGCCUCUUGAGUCUGAUCCAGAGACAACAGAUGAAAAGGCUAGCCAAAAUGAUAAUGUAACAGAGGCAAAGGACAAGGUGGAAGAGGAGGAGAGGAUCGAGGAAGAAAAGUCAGAGUAUUCUAGCAUAUCGGACAGUGAGGGCUACAACCCCCAUGCCCUUUACUGCAUCUGUCGACAGAGACACAACAAAAGGUUCAUGAUCUCCUGUGACAAUUGUCUGGAGUGGUUCCAUGGCGACUGCGUUGGCAUCAGCGAGAUGCAGGGCCGAAAGCUUGAGAGGAGUGGACGAGACUGGAUCUGCGCCACAUGCACCAGCAAGCGCCAGAGCCAGCCAGACCCCCAGCAGAGCUCCCCUGACUGCCUGACACUGCCCUACUCUGGGGAGGAGGAGGUUGUCCAUGAAGAGCAGGCCAGCGAGGAGGCUGUGGUGCAGGAGGUGACUGAGAUGGUUGCUGAAGCUGAGAUGGAGUUGGACGGUUCCCUGCCCCAGUGCAUCGGCUCAGGGUGCAGUAAGCACGCCCUGCCCGACUCCGUUUACUGCGGCACAGACUGUAUCCUCCGGCACGCGGCUGCCACUAUGAAGACCCUCUCUGACUCCAAAGAGACUAAAACCAAACAACGCCCACAGAGGAGAGCAGCAGCCAAAACUGGCCCUAAGGGUCAGAGGUCGGCUAGGAUGCCCCAGAUGUUGUUGGCGGAGCGGCCCGAAGAGGAGGGUGAGGAAGAGGAGGCUGAAGAAGUUGAGGGCAAGGAAGUGGACACAUCUACAUCUCCCUUAUCCUGUGACCCUAGUCUCACUGCAGUACAGGCCACAUCCAUAGUAUCACCUAUGUUUUACAAGUCGACAGAAAAGGCCAGUGAGCAGGUAGAGGUUGAGAUUGAGCCCAUGGCUCCUCAGACACAUUCUCCAGGUAACUCUCCCUCAGACUACAUCACUGAGUCCUCCCCUCCUCUGGGAAGUGCUCCAGGAAAAACCAAGAGACCAGCAAACAGCUGCAGUGUCUCCAGGAAACCCUCUGUCGAUACAUCCCCUGUCAAACAACCCAACCCCCCCAAAUCCAGCCCCUCUCCGACCCCUGAGGCCCCAAGCACCUCAGCCUCCAGACACCACGAAACAGGGGCCCUGAGGAUCGGCAAGACGUCCUUCACCAUCCCUAAGAAGCAGCCUCAACCCCUCGUGACUCCCACUCUACCCUCACCUUCACCCCCCACCCCAAUGAAUGAAACAAGGAUCCUGCCCGUGUCCCCAGCCCCUAUCGCCCCUUCCUCCAGACCCCCCCAGCCAGCCAACAACCAGGUCAGGCAGAGCAUCCAACGCUCUCUCACCAACAUCCUGAUCAAGAGGGUGUGCGACUGUGACGAUUUGGAGAGGUCUGAGAGAGAAGUGGCAAAGCUGGUCACCAACAUCGAGACGGAGAUGUUUAACAUAUUUAACAAUACAGAUAGCAAGUACAUGAACAAGUACCGAACCAUCAUGUUCAACCUAAAAGACCCCAAAAAUAAGGGUUUGUUCUACAGCGUCAUCCGUGGUGAGGUCAGUCCCUUCAGACUGGCCAGGAUGAGCCAGCGGGACAUGCAGGCCACAAAGGUCUCAGAGGCGAGCAAAAAAGACACUCCAGAGGAGUCUGGUCCCAAAGCCCCAUGUGUGCUGCCAAAUCCAGCGCCUGAGCCAGUGAAGGUUGAUCUACCUAGUAUUCCUUUUAGGCCCAAUAGACACAUGGAACAGAAGAGCACUCUCCCUGCUGCCCCUAAGGCCAGACCUAGCCAGUCGAACCAGAACAGCUCAGUCCCAGACAUCCUCAGCUGCAUGCUGAAAGACACAACUGCCGAGCACAGAGCUCACCUGUUUGACCUCAAGUGCAAGAUCUGCACAGGUCAGAUAGCAGUCGAGGGUGAGGAGGAGCCUGUUCCCAAGAAGUCUAAACUCUCUGGGUCAUCGUCAUCCUCCACCAACCCAGACGAAUGGAAAGACAGGCCAUCUCGGCCACCCUGGAUGUAUGCCAGAACAGAUCCCAGAACAGAGGAGAGAGGAUGGAGAACUCCAGCAGGAGAUGAAUCACCCCUCCUUGCACCCCCUGACUCCCCCACCAUGGAUUCCCCUGCUUCCCCCCUAAUGGAGGACGAUUCUGUCUUAACCAUCAUGGAAUCUCCCGCUUCACCCACAAUGGAAUCUCCCGCUUCUCCACCAAUGGAAUCUCCCGCCUCCCCCAUUUUGGAAUCCCCUGCCUCCCCUGUCAUGGAUUCUCCCGCCUCCCCCAUUCUGGAAAACCGCAAAGCCAAGACACCGUCCAGAAUGUAUACCCCAGUCAUGAUCCCGGCUGUUUCUACGGUAACCAUCACAAGGCGUGAUCCCCGCACUGCUGGCAACCGUUCUGCUGCUAUGUCUGGUGACCCCCACACCGCUGGCAACCGCACUCCUGCAAUGGCAACUGUCGCCAUGUCUACAGUCCCACCUCCGCCAGUCUCUUAUGUCCCUGCGAAACUGAGCAAGCCAUUCAUGCCCUUGCCACCACCCCAAUCCCUGCCACCAACGCCAGCAUUACCCAAAUCUAUCCUGAUGAAGCCAUCCUCCUCAUCGUUCUAUGGUUCUUCAGGAUCCUCUGCAUCCUCUUCAAGGGCUGUGAACUCCCACUCCCCUCAAGAUGGGGAGACGACCCAGUUCCUGGCCAAGCAGGAAGUAGUGUGGAAGGGCUUCCUCAACAUGAUCAGCGUGGCCAAGUUCGUCACCAAGGGCUAUCUGGUCUCCGGGCCUUCCGAAUAUCUCAAAGAGGAUCUGCCUGAUACCAUACAGCUUGGUGGAAGAAUCAUGCCUCAAACUGUGUGGGAUUACAUCGGGAGAGUGAAGACCUCUGUUACAAAGGAGCUGUGUGUGAUCCGGUUCCACCCAGCGACAGAGGAGGAGGAGGUGGCCUAUGUGUCUCUGUUCUCCUACUUCAGCAGCAGACGGCGCUUCGGGGUGGUGGCCAACAACAGCCGCAGCAUUAAGGACAUCUACCUCAUCCCACUCAGCGCAAAGGAGUCCAUUCCAUCCAAACUUCAACCCUUCGAAGGAUCAGGCUUUGAGAAGAAUCGCCCCAAUCUUCUUCUGGGACUGGUUAUUUGCCAGAAACCCAAACGUGCGGGAAGCUUGCCACAAGAGGUUGAAGAGAAGAGAGCCAAGAUCCACAUGCCCAAAGACUCCAGAGAUACUGGCCUCCCGAGACUCCCUACGCUGUAUGGGUCUGACCCUAGGACGGAGGAAUUCCUGCCAUACGACCCAGCGAUGCCCAUCAUGUCCACCCCUCCUGGUUCCCCUCCUUCCACUGGAUCCCCGUCAGACUCCUCCUCCUCGGGCUCACUGACUAUUCCAUCACUUCUGUCCUCCGUUAGAGCUGCUCUCCCUGCUUCUGCCCCUCCCCCGACCACUAGCAUGUCCACCACUCCCCUGCAGACCAUCCUGAAGUCACUGUUUGGGAAGGACUCUCCUGGAGUCCCAGCAGUUGCAGCAGUGCCCCCUCCAACUACUUUGCCCCCUCCCCCAAUGGUGGAUCCGAUAGUCCAGCAGUACGGGCAGAAAUCCAAAGUCAAAGAGAUUGAGGAGGAGGAAAAUGAAUAUGAUCGACCAUACGACCCGGAGGAGGAGUAUGAUCCAGCAAUGGGCUAUGGACGGGUUGCACCAAUUAAUAUAGAUAAAAUGUUUGAGGAGAAUGCUGCUGCUCAGGCCACGUGUGCCGAUGAUGACGACGUGGCUUACGACCCUGAGGAUGAGACUAUCUUUGAGGAUAUGCACAAUGAUGGGGUCAGUGUAGAGAAAGUCCCAGCUCCAACUUCAGCUCCAGCUCCUACCCCAGUCCCAGCUCCAGCUCCUACCCCAGUCCCAGCUCCAGCUCCUACCCCAGUCCCAGCUCCCAGUCCAGCCCCAGCUCCCAGUCCAGCCCCAGCCCCUCUGAGCCGGACCAUUACCGGUGCUGUGAUUGUGUCAGCCGCUACUCUGACUGAACAACAGCGAAUGCUUGAGGAUCUCAACAGGCAGAUUGAGGAGCAGAAACGGCAGCUGAAGGAGCAGGAGGAGGCACUGCGUCAGCAGAGAGAGGCAGUGGGCAUGUUCAUGGCCCACUUCUCUGUUUCCGAUGCCUUGAUGUCUCCCCCUACCAAAUCUGGGCUGUCUCAGUUACAAACACCGCAGAGUGAAGGAGAGCAGUCUGAGGCAAAUCCUUCAGUCAAUCAAAGAGCUUUAAAAGGUUUCUUGAAAACGGAGGAAACAGAAGUACCAAUAAAACAAGAGAUUAAGAGCGAGACCAAGACUGUACCUCUUUCAGUGUCAAGAAAUGUGGAAAUGCCCAAUGCAUCACCAAAGCGGGUCAAAGAGAUUAAAAAAGAAAAUAUUCAGGCAACAGACAAUUCAGAUCCUGAAGCUGGUGAGAUCCAGGACUCUGAUGUAGCUUACGACCCAGAGGAUGACACUAUAUUUGAUGAGCUGAAAGACACAAAUGGAGAAGAAAAAGAGAAAGCCUCAACUCGAUCAGAUUCAGCAAGGCGUUCUGAGCGGUCUCGUGACUCCUCAGUGUCUAGCUCGUGUCGUGGUGCAUCGCGCAAUGACACUCCUGAUAGGAGGCGUAAGCGUAGCAGCCAACCAGAUACUCACUCACCAAAAAGACGGGACCGUAAAGUCAGGGACCGCCACGAAAGCCCUCCUCGUAGAUCUGGCCACCGGUCCCCUGGACACUCUGAUAGGCGAAGGGAACGACACAGACGGGGUGAGAGGAGCCGACCAUAUCACAGAGGUCGUCACCACUCUGAGCGCCCAGGCCGCCAUCUCCCUCAUAAAGAGCGUACUUCUCGACGCAGCUCUGGUAGCCAUAGAAGAUCCCCAUCUUCACCAAGACAAAAACGAGAUUCUGGCUCUAGGGGACUCUCAAAGGGUCAAAGGGAGUCUUCUCCUCCUCAAGUGUGGGAUGACUCAAAGAGCCCAGAGGCUCCUGAAGACAUGGGUCCUACAAGUCCAGCUCCAGCACUGGUCAUGGAGGCUAAUGACUCACCUCAGCCCCCUCUUGAUAGACAGGACAUUGAUGAACCACUGUGUGAUCGUUCUAAUUCUGGAGGUCCACCACAGGGAGAGAUUGAGGACACAGGCCAUCAAAUGCCCCAUGAGAAUCCCACUCCCCAGAAGCCUGCGGAACAACAACCUCCUCAAAGCUUGCUGGGAUCACCACAAAGAGGGCCCAACAACCAGCAAGGCCCCAACAUCCAGCGUCAAGACAAUAGGGAUAGGCCCUCUCAACGGGAACUACUAGAGCAACGCAGUGUACAGAGCCCAUCAGACAUUAUGAGAGAAAAACAGUUUUCCUCACAAGGUCCUCCCCACAUGGCCUCUCCAAAUAACCAGGGUGAGCGGUCCAGCAGUUUAGAGAGGAAAGAUCCUGAUAUUAGGGAGGGAAGGAGAAACCAAGGGCCAGAUAUGAUGGGACCAGGGCCAGACAUGAGGGGUGAAAGGAGAGGGCCGCAAAUGAGGCAUCUAAGUCCCAAUAUCAGAAGUCCAGAACCAGACAUGAGGGGUGAAAGGAGAGGGCCACAAAUGAUGCAUCUAAGUCCCAAUAUCAGAGGUCCAGAACCAGACAUGAGAAGUCCAGAUAUGAGAGAGGACCACUUCUCACCAACAACUAACUUUGGAGGAAAGAGAUCACCAUCGCCCCAUUUUAAUAGUCCAAGGAUCCCCUUAUCCGUUCCAAGAGGAAAUUUGAAGGAUCAACAGGGAUCACAUCGUCCUGGUUUCCGCCCCAGGGGUCCUCGUACCUCGAGGUGGGUGCCACCACGGUCCCGGUUUGAUGGUCCACAUAAUCAGCUAGUAGUAAGACCUCUAGAGCUGCUAGGAACACAAAGAGGCACCAACCAGCAUCAUGACAAUGGAGGUGAGCCUAUUCAACCAGAAAUAAAGGACCAACACAUUGUACAGAGCCCAUCAGACAUUAUGAGAGAGAACCAGUUUUCCUCACAAGGUCCUCCCCACAUGGCCUCUCCAAGCAACCAGGGUGAGCGGUCCAGCAGUUUAGAGAGGAGAGAUCCCGAUAUGAGGGAGGGAAGAAGACAGCAAGGCCCAGACAUCAGAAGUCCAGAUAUGAUAGAACCUGGGCCAGACAUGAGGGGUCCAAGGCCAGACAUGUGGGAUGAUAGAAGGGGUCCAGGGUCAGACAUGCGAGGUCUAGGGCCAGACAUGCGAGGUCCAGGGCCAGACAUGCGAGGUCCAGGGCCAGACAUGAGGGGUCCAGGUCCAGACAUGCGAGGUCUAGGGCCAGACAUGCGGGGUCCAAGGCCAGACAUGAGGGGUCCAGGGCCAGACAUGAGGGGUCCAGGGUCAGACAUGAGGGGUCCAGGGUCAGACAUGAGGGGUCCAGGAUCAGACAUGAGGGGUCCAGGGUCAGAAAUGAGGGGUCCAGGGUCAGACAUGAGAGGUCCAGAGCCCGACAUCAGGGGUGAUAGGAGAGGGCCAGACAUGUGGGAUGAUAGAAGAGGUACAGGACCAGACAUGACAGAUCCCGAUAUGAAGGAUCCAGGACCUGAAAUUAGGAAUCCAAACAUGAGGAGUUCAGGCCCAGACAUGAGAGAUACAGAAAUGCCAGGCCCAGAUCCAGAUAUGAGAAGUCCAGACAUGAGAGUGGACCACUUUACACCAACAGCUAACUUUGGAGGACAGAGACCACUAUCGACUCAUUUCAGCAGUCCAAGGAUGUCCUCACCUGUUCAAAGAGGACAUUUUGAGGAUCAAAGGGGAGCACAUUGUCCUGGUUUCCGCCCCAGGGGUCCUCGUCCCUCGAGGUUCAACCAGCCCAGGGGCUCAUAUCCAGGGCACUUCCCAGGGGGGCAACCACGGUUCCGUUUCGAUGGUCCACAGGCAGUGGUAAGACCUGCUCAUGCCUCGCUGGUAACACCAAGGGAGCACAGUAUACAGAGCCCAUCAGAAAUUCUGAUAGAAACCCAGAUACCCUCACAAGGUCCUCCCCACAUGGCCUCUCCAAACAACAAGGGGGAACGGUCCAGCAGUUUAGAGAGGAAAGAUCCUGAUAUUGGGGAGGAAAGGAGAAACCCAGGGUCAGACAUCAGAGGUCCAGAUAUGAUGAGACCAGGGCCAGACAUGAGGGGUGAUAGGAGAGGGCCAGGGCCAGAAAUGAGGGGUGAUAGGAGAAGGCCAGGGCCAGACAUGAGGGGUGAUAGGAGAGGGCCAGACAUGAGAGGUCCAGGGCCAGACAUGAGAGGUCCAGGGCCAGACAUGAGAGAUCCAGGGCCAGACAUCAGAGGGCCAGGUCUAGGGCCAGACAUGAGGGGUGAUAGGAGAGGGCCAGACAUGAGAGGUCCAGGGCCAGACAUGAGAGGUCCAGGGCCAGACAUGAGAGAUCCAGGGCCAGACAUCAGAGGGCCAGGUCUAGGGCCAGACACAAGGGGUGAUAGGAGAGGUCCAGGGCCAGACAUGAGAGAUCCAGGGCCAGACAUCAGAGGGCCAGGUCUAGGGCCAGACACAAGGGGUGAUGGGAGAGGGCCAGACAUGAGAGAUCCAGGGCCAGACAUCAGAGGGCCAGGUCUAGGGCUAGACACAAGGGGUGAUAGGAGAGGGCCAGGGCCAGACAUGAGGGGUGAUGAGAGAGGGCCAGGGCCAAACAUGAGGGGUGAAAGGAGAGGUCCAGGGCCAGACAUGAGGGGUGAUGGGAGAGGGCCAGACAUGAGGGGUCCAGGGCCAGACAUGAGAGGUCCAGGGCCAGACAUGAGAGAUCCAGGGCCAGACAUGAGGGGUGAUAGGAGAGGACCAGGGCCAGACAUGAGGGGUGAUGAGAGAGGGCCAGGGCCAAACAUGAGGGGUGAAAGGAGAGGUCCAGGGCCAGACAUGAGGGGUGAUGGGAGAGGGCCAGACAUGAGGGGUCCAGGGCCAGACAUGAGAGGUCCAGGGCCAGACAUGAGAGAUCCAGGGCCAGACAUCAGAGGGCCAGGUCUAGGGCCAGACACAAGGGGUGAUAGGAGAGGUCCAGGGCCAGACAUGAGAGAUCCAGGGCCAGACAUCAGAGGGCCAGGUCUAGGGCCAGACACAAGGGGUGAUGGGAGAGGGCCAGACAUGAGAGAUCCAGGGCCAGACAUCAGAGGGCCAGGUCUAGGGCCAGACACAAGGGGUGAUAGGAGAGGUCCAGGGCCAGACAUGAGGGGUCCAGGGCCAGACAUGAGGGGUGAUAGGAGAGGGCCAGGGCCAAACAUGAGGGGUGAUAGGAGAGGGCCAUACAUGAGAGAUCCAGGUUCAGACAUGAGAGAUCCAGGGCCAGGUCUAGGGCCAGACACAAGGGGUGAUAGGAGAGGGCCAGACAUGAGAGAUCCAGGGCCAGACAUCAGAGGUCCAGGUCUAGGGCCAGACAUGAGGGGUGAUAGGAGAGGACCAGGGCCAGACAUGAGGGGUGAUAGGAGAGGUCCAGGGCCUGACAUGAGGGGUGAUAGGAGAGGGCCAGGGCCAAACAUGAGGGGUGAUAGGAGAGGGCCCGACAUGAGAAAUCCAGGGCCCGACAUGAGAGAUCCAGGGCCAGACAUGAGAGAUCCAGGGCCAGACAUUAAAGGGCCAGGUCUAGGGCCAGACACAAGGGGUGAUAGGAGAGGGCCAGACAUGAGAGAUCCUGGGCCAGACAUGAGAGAUCCUGGGCCAGACAUGAGAGAUCCAGGGCCAGACAUGAGAGAUCCUGGGCCAGACAUGAGAGAUCCUGGGCCAGACAUGAGAGGGCCAGGUCUAGGGCCAGACAUGAGGGGUCCAGGGCCAGACAUGAGGGGUCCAGGGCCAGACAUGAGGGGUCCAGGGCCAGACAUGAGGGGUCCAGGGCCAGACAUGAGAGAUCCAGGGCCAGACAUGAGAGAUCCAGGGCCAGACAUGAGAGAUCCAGGGCCAGACAUCAGAGAGCCAGGUCUAGGGCCAGACACGAGGGGUGAUAGGAGAGGUCCAGGGCCAGACAUUAGGGGUCCAGGGCCAGGCAGAGUGCCAGGUCUAGGGUCAGACACAAGGGGUGAUGGGAGAGGGCCAGGGCCAGACAUGAGGGUUCCAGAGCCAGACACAAGGGGUGACAGGAGAUGGCCAGGGCCAGACUUGAGGGGUCCUGGGCCAGACAUCAGAGGGCCAGGUCUAGGGCCAGACACAAGGGGUAAUAGGAGAGGGCCAGACAUCAGAUGUCCUGGGACAGACAUGAGGGGUGAUCGGAGAGGUCCAGGGCCAGACAUGAGAGAUCCAGGGCCAGACACGAGGGGUGAUAGGAGAGGUCCAGGGACAGACAUGAGAGUUCCAGGGCCAGACACGAGAACUCCAGAGCCAGACAUCAGAGGGCCAGGUCUAGGGCCAGACACAAGGGGUUAUAGGAGAGGGCCAGGGCCAGACAUGAGGGGUCCAGAGCCAGACAUGAGGGGUGAUAGGAGAGGACCAGGGCCAGACAUGAGGGGUACAGAGCCAGACAUCAGAGGGCCAGGUCUAGGGCCAGACACAAGGGGUUAUAGGAGAGGGCCAGGGCCAGACAUGAGAGGGCCAGGGCCUGAAACAAGGGUUGAUAGGAGAGGGCCAGGGCCAGACAUGAGGGGUAAUAUGAGAGGGCCAGGUCCAGAGCCAGACAUGAGGGGUCCAGGGCCAGACAUGAGGGUUCCAGGGCCAGACAUGAGAGGGCCAGGGCCUGAAACAAGGGUUGAUAGGAGAGGGCCAGGGCCAGACAUGAGGGGUCCAGGACCAGACACGAGAGAUCAAGAGCCAGAUAUCAGAGGACCAGGUCUAGGGCCAGACACAAGGGGUGAUAGAAGAGGGCCAGGGCCAAACAUGAGGGUUCCAGGGCCAGACAUGAGAGGGACAGGGCCAGAAAUAAGGGGUGAUAGGAGAGGGCCAGACUUGUGGGGUCUAGGGCCAGACAUGAGAGGGCCAGACACAAGGGUUGAUAGGAGAGGGCCAGACAUGAGGGGUCCAGGACCAGACACGAGAGAUCAAGAGCCAGACAGAGGGCCAGACACAAGGGGUCAUAGGAGAGGGCCAGGGCCAGACUUGAGGGGUCUAGGGCCAGAUAUGAGAGGGCCAGACACAAUGGGUGAUAGGAGCGGGACAGGGCCAGACAUGAGAGAUCCAGGGCCAGACAUCAGAUGUCCAGGUCUAGGGCCAGACAUAAGAGGUGAUAGGAGAGGGCCAAACAUGAGAGAUCCAGGGCCAGACAAGAGGGGGGUUAGGAGAGGGUCAGGGCCAGAAAUGGGUGGUCCAGGGCCAGAAACAAGGGUUGAUAGGAGAGGGCCAGGGCCAGACAUGAGAGAUCAAGAGCCAGACAUCAGAGGGCCAGGUCUUGGGCCAGACACAAGGGGUGAUAGGAGAGAUCCAGACCCAGACAUCAGAUGGCCAGGUCUAGGGCCAGACACAAUGGAUGAUAGGAGAGGGCCAAACAUGAGAGAUCCAGCGCCAGACAAGAGGGGUGAUAGGAGAGGGCCAGAUAUGUGGGAUGAUAGGAGUGGGUCUUCACCAAACAUGAGGGGUCCAGUGCCGGACAUGAGCGGUGCAGGACCAGACAUGUGGGAUGAGAGUAGAGGGCCAGACAUGAGAGGUCCAGGGCCAGACACGAGAGGUGAUGGGAGAUGGCCAGGGCCAGACAUGAGAGGUCCAGGGCCAGACACAAGGGGUGAUAGGAGAUGGUCAGGGCCAGACAUGAGAGAUCCAGGGCCAGACAUGAGGGGGGAUAGGAGAGUGCCAGGGCCAGACAUGUGGGAUGAUAGGAGAGGGUCAGAGAUUAGUGUUGAUAGGAGAGGCCCAGGGCCAGACAUGUUGGGUGUAAGGAGAGGGCCAAACAUGAGAGAUCCAGGGCCUGACAUGAGGCGUCCAGGGCCAGACAGGGGUCAAGAAAUGCGAGUCCCAGAUCCAGACAUGAGAAGUCCAGAUAUAAGAGGAGAUCACUUCACAACAACAAAUAAUACUUUUGGAGGAUCAAGGGGAGUAGAAAGUCCUGGUUUCCAUGGUCCCAGGGGUCCUCGCUCCUCGAGGUUCAACCAGCCCAGAGGCUCAUCUCGAGGGUAUUUCCCAGACAAUGGGGGGCAGCCACGGUUUGACGGUCCACGGCCAGUGGUAAGACCGUUGAGGCCUAAAGGAGGUUUACUCCCAACUCCCCCGGAGGGUCUCAUUAGUUUGCCGAACAACAGCCCGGAUGUUUUUAGAGAAGACCAGUGGCGGAGUAGUCACUCGCCUGAUACGAGGAGAACAAGCCUACCCAUAGAGGACUGUGAAAUGAGAAACUAUGGAGACAGAGAAAACAACUCUGAGGAGCGUGGCCGUGGUGGUAACCCCCGAGACAGGGGGAACUUCCAGGGCACAUCGCCCUGCUUGUCCCAGGAGAGGCAGUUGCCUGAGGACAAUGGGAGAGAGCGGGUUGGCAGUCAUGGAAGACAGUGGGGCAGGGGGACAGGUAGGCCUGUGAGUAGGGAGAGAGAAAGGGUUAGAGGGAGAAAAGUAGACAGGCCCAGAGAGGAGGUAGAUGAAAAGCAAAAGACACCCACAGAAAAGGACAGAGACAUUGGCAGAGCCACAAGCAGGGAAGGAGAGGCAAACAGAGGAGGUGUUAGUCUGCACAACCGUUCACUCUCAAAAGACAGUGACAGAGACAGUUUAAAGGAUGGAAGUGGAAAGAAAGAAGAACAAAUGGAGGGAAAGGGUAAAAAGGUUGAAUCAACAGACCCCCCCCAGACAGACACCCCCCAGACAGACACGCCCCAGGAGAGCAAAGGGCCUGUUUAACUGGAGACUACUGUUAACAGAAAUGCAUGGACUAAGUUUGAAGUUGGUUCAGUUCAUAAUGUACUAAGUAGUCGUUUUCUCUACAUCAUAAAACACCCAUAACCUUUUGAAUGUCCCCGGGACCACCCAUACGUAAAAAUGUAUGCACAUAUGACUGUAAGUCGCUUUGGAUAAAAGCGUCUGCUAAAUGGCAUAUUAUUAUUAUUAUUAUUAUUCAAUUUACAGUUUUAAAAUGGUACAAAUUACGUGCGUUUCAGAAUUUCCAGAUUAAAACUCAUGUCAAGUCAAACAUAAUAGAUAUGUACAUUGUGUUUAUGGAUUUAUGUUUAUUUUUAUAAGUCCAAACCUAUUGAGCCAUACUGCUGUCAUCUGUUCACUGAUUAGAAAGCCUUCAUGUUGGAUCAUCUCAUGAUGAUAUGUUUUAGAAUAAAUGAACUUGAUUUAUUAUUAUUAUUAUUAUUUUUUACUCUGUUUUAAUUUGUUGAACUGAGGCCAAUAAAAACAGUAAAGGAAUGAU